GAUCUGCUUUCCUCCUCACCUUCCCGUUGCCGCGCCCGUGGCGGAGCGCGCCCCUCUAGCCUUGCUCACUGUCGUCCCACUCAUUUCUCGGCCGAUUCCGCUCCAAGCGAGCUCGAGGGCCCAUCUCCAACAUUCAGCACGACAGGGACAGGGACGACGACGACGACGACGACGUUACAACGCCCACACAAUCGCUCCCACCGUGGACUCGUGCUGGCCGCGCCAGCUCACGAACCACUCGCCAUGGCCACCGCUGCCGUCACCCCCGACCCACACGACGAUGCGAAGCCUGCCCUCUCCAUCGAACGCGACAAGCCGGCCGCCGCCUUGACACCGCCGACCAGUGAAGAGAUGAAUGAGCAGCAACAGGGAGAGCACGAGGACUCCGAAUUGAGCGAGUUGGACUUGGACGAUGACGAAGACGAAGAGAUAUUUCCAGAUCACUACUGGGACGAGGCGAACGGUGGCAAAAUACCAGUGUUUAAGCCCACCAUGGACCAAUUUCGCGACUUCCAGAAAUUCAUCGACAAGAUUGACAAGUAUGGCAUGAAGUCUGGAAUUGUCAAGGUGAUACCGCCGAAAGAAUGGCGCGAUUCCCUGCCCGCAUUGGACGAGAAGAUCAAGGGCAUCCGCAUCAAGAACCCUAUCACACAAGAGUUCAACGGCACAUUCGGCACCUAUACACAACAGAACGUGGAGAAGCAGCGAUCAUAUAACCUUCCGGAAUGGAAGUCACUGACCGAGGAGACUCAGCAUCAACCGCCCGCGAAACGCGGAGAACGACGCAAGAAUCAGAAGGAAGUCGUCCGUGGAGGAGGCGGUGUUCGCGCCCGUGCUGCGAAAGUUGAGCAGGAAGAGACCAGCACGCCACGAUCCCGGAGGAAGCCUGGACGACCUCGACGUGGCGCACUUGCUGGCGAUGAAUCUGAUGAAGACUCGAAUCCUGCAACACCCGUUGCGGAGCCUCCAGCCAAGAAAGCGACUCGAGGAGGUCCGAAAACCAAAGGAAAGGGAGGCAAUCAGAACAAGUCUGUUACGUCUCGGCGUCUGAACAACACUGCUCAGACGGAGACUCAUGUCGAUGAAAAAGCCUUCAAGAACUUCGACUACCAUCUCGAAGAGGUCGACGAAUACACUGCCGAGCGAUGCGCGGAACUAGAGACUCUAUACUGGAAGACGAUGAGUUUCAAUCAACCCAUGUACGCUGCUGACAUGCCUGGAUCACUCUUCGACGACACGCUGAAGAGCUGGAACGUAGCGCAACUACCCAACAUCCUGGACGUGCUUGGUACCAAAGUUCCUGGUGUCAAUACCGCAUAUCUGUACAUGGGCAUGUGGAAGGCUACGUUCGCGUGGCAUCUGGAGGACGUGGACUUGUACAGCAUCAACUACAUUCACUUUGGUGCCCCGAAGCAAUGGUACAGCAUUUCCCAAGAAGAUGCACGAAAGUUUGAGCGCGCUAUGAGGCAAGCGUGGCCAGUCGACUCGAAAAACUGUGAUCAGUUCUUGCGACACAAGACAUACCUCAUCUCUCCAGACGUGCUACAGAAGCAAUACGGCGUCAAAGUGAACAAGCUUGUGCACUAUGAGGGCGAAUUCGUCAUCACCUAUCCAUAUGGCUACCAUUCCGGAUAUAACCUCGGCUACAAUUGCGCAGAGUCUGUCAACUUUGCCACGGAGAAUUGGCUGGAGUUUGGCCGUAUCGCCAAAAAGUGCAACUGUGAGCCUGACAACGUAUGGGUCGACAUCGGCGAGAUUGAGCGCAAGCUGCGCGGCGAGCCCACACCUGAAUACUAUGAGGAAACUGACAGUGAAGGCGAGCUUAACGAAGAGGACAGCAAGUUACCUACACCACCUGCCAGUGUCAAGGGCGCUUCAAGAUCGAAGAAGCGCAAGCGCGACAUCAAGAAGGAAGAGCCUAAGAAGAAGAAGAUCAAGAUUCGGAUCAGGAUCCCAGGCAAAGAACCCUGUUGCAUGUGUCCCAAUGAAAAUGCUUGGGACACCCUUCUUCCGACCGACCACGGCAAGAAAGCGCACACCUCAUGUGCGUUGUAUACUCCGGAGACCUUCAUCGAUAGCGAUAGCGGCACUACAGUGGUACGUGGCGUGGCCAACAUCGAUAGAGCUCGCCUGGAGCUCAAAUGCAACUUCUGUCGCUCGAAGAAGGGAGCAUGCUUUCAGUGCUCGGCGAAGAAGUGCACGCGUGCGUUCCAUGCUAGCUGCGCUGUUGCUGCUGGUGUACUUGUUGAUUCUGGGCUUGUGCCAACGUUCGAUGCCGAAGGCAACGAAUAUUACGAGCAAGGAUUUGACUUUCGCUGUCGAUACCAUCGUCCCAAGAUGCCGAAAAUUCUCGAUAUGGAUGCAUUGGAAAGCACGAAGCGGGUCUACGCCGCCGCCAAGGACCUCAAGCCCAAAGAUCCUAUGCAAGCACAGUAUCAUGGCGGUGAAGUGUUUGGUGGGUUGGUCGUCGAGAACAGACCCGCCGAGCAAACUCUCCUCGUAGAUGUGUUGCCCGAUGGCGAUCGCAUUGAGGUUGAAUACAAGUGGCUGUGCGUCCUCAAUCCCGACGACUCAGUGCGACCAAAGCCGUCUGCUGCUGCCAAGCCAGUACCGAAGGACAUGAACAAGAAUUCGCUCGCACUUUCGAAUCGACAAGAUGGCGUCCCUGCUCAAGAUGACUUGUUCAACACUGAUGAUCAAUACAAAUGGCACGAUUUUUACAAUUACCACACGCCACCGCCGGGAUUCCAGACGGUACUCUGGAGAGCUCCAAGCAAGCUGAAGAUAGAUGUCAAUGCACCAGACACGCUGUAUUACUAUCUACCGGAAAUCUCUACGGAUGCCAAGGUGUUCUUCACAGACAAGCCUGGUAGCAAGCAAGUGGCUCCCAGAGGUAACUUCAUGGACCGCGUGCAGCCGAAGCAGACCUAUCAACAUCCUGCUGCGAAACAGGCAAUUGCUCCAGCGCAGUCCUCGGCUCCAAUUUGGCGCACACAUCAGCCAGCACUGAGCUCGGCUGCCAUGCCUGCACACAGUAACAGCAUCACCGAGAAGCCAUAUGUAUACAAACCGAAGGAGCCCGCCAAACCAAAUGUGCUGUGCGCUGUCGACUAUCAAGCUUUGGCGAACCAGCACAGCUUCACCGCUGAUCCUAUUCGUCGCCAAUCGUCAGUGCUCAGCCAACAGUCGCUGUCCCGACAAUCGCCCACCAUGCAACAGAAUGGCCUUCAACAGUCUGCCCCGCAAUACAUUCCGCAGUACAACUAUCAAGGUGGCGAAGUCUCUAGAGAUUCUUCUGGCAGUGUUCGCCCCUUUCCACCAGACCAGUAUUACUCAUCGAAGACGCUGCCGGCCGCAUACCAAGGCGAGUAUUCGAGAUUUCGGCGCGAGUCGCAAGGCGCGCAGACCUUGCAACGUCCUAACUUCGAGCCAGCCGGGUUUACGCCCAACUAUCAAUCGGUCAAGCAGCAGAAGUCUAUGCUCAAGCAAGGUCAGUCUGGCGGACCCGGGACUGGCUCGCCUUUCCCCACAAACUCGUAUUCACCAGCUGCAGAGCAACACCAGCAGCCCACUUCGCAGAGCUCGCACUCGCCAGCGAACGCUCCGCCAACUCCAGCGAGCACAAUAUCCUCGCUUUCCAAACCAGAUGCCUUACAGUCCGAUCCUGCAUAUCUGCAAGAUCUCCAAAAGUAUCCUUAUUUGUUGAACAGCUUCUGUCGCAAGCCCAAAGUCUACGAGUCUCCGUACGCAAUUGGGGGCGGAUACACAUCAAAAUACCAACCCCUCGAGUUGCAGAAGCAGGCCGAUGGGUAUGACAGCAGAACGUUAGCUCGGCACACGCCAAGCAAUUCUGUUUCGUCACAGUCGCGUCGAGCCAGUCAGCAAUGGACGCCACCAUCCCAAGUAUGGGAUCGCGCUGGACUAGCAGAGCGACACAAGACACCCCCUCCGUCCGAACAGCAACAACAACAGCAAUAUCAACACUCAGUGCCACCUUCACAGCGAUACGUUCCGGUGUCGCAUAGCACGCCGCAGGAGUUUCAGCGGCAGAUCCAAGGCAGCAUGCCGAGCACAGCAAGUCGUGACGGCGCACAUGCCCGUAUGCUUCGAGAUCAGGGGUAUAUUCCCGCGAACACGAACGCUUCAAGCAUGUAUGCUUCCGCACCCAUCUACCAGCAGCGAAAUAGCUUCGGCAACGUGUACGAUACGUCGAAGAUGUACAACAGUCCGAAAGCGCCGACUCCGAGCCCUUUAUCGGAUAACAACACCCCAGGCUACGGACGAGGACACACUCCUACAAAUUCCGGCAUCAGUGGUAAUAGCAAUCUUUGGGGCACUUUGUCACAAUCCAACAACACGAUAAUGGCAAAUCCCAUGAGCCAAAACGCACAACAGAACGCGAUGCGAGAGCGCCCGCCGGGAGCGGGCUUUGGCUACAACCCCACUCUUCCCCAAAUGGGCGGAGGCAAUGGUCUAGGCGGUCAUGAGACUUGGCGUUACAACUGAAGAUGAAGUUGAAAUGAGGCAUGUAACGACUGACGUGAUGAGGAGGAAGUUUUGCCGGUGGCGUGCAGCUUCUGCGAGCUCGCCAAACGACAUGAGAGUUUUCUACUUCGCUUUGGGCUCAGAAUAGCACUAAUACAAACGUGAACGAUGAUCGUACUACGCUCCUCCUGGCUCGCUAUAGAUAGCUCGACCAGAAAACAAAAUGAAAAUUUGAAAGAACACG